CUGCGCGAGCGACCCGCUGCCCCGAGAGCGCCCGCCCGUCCGUCCGUCCGUCCGUCCGUCCGCGAGAGCAGGAACGCAAGGAAGGCAGAAGGCGCGACCGAGAGCAUGUCCGAGACGGCGCCCGAAGCCCCCGCGGCCGCUGCGCCGGCAGCCAAGGCGCCGGCCAAGAAAGCCAAGAAGCCCGCGGGCGCCGCCAAGCCGCGCAAGGCCUCCGGGCCCAGCGUCACCGAGCUGCUGACCAAGGCGGUGGCCGCCUCGAAGGAGCGCAACGGCGUGUCCCUGGCCGCGCUGAAGAAGGCGCUGGUGGCGGCCGGCUACGACGUGGAGAAGAACAACAGCCGCAUCAAGCUGGGGCUGAAGAGUCUGGUGAGCAAAGGCACGCUGGUGCAGACCAAGGGCACGGGCGCCUCGGGCUCCUUCAAGCUCAACAAGAAGCAGCAGGAGGGCAAGGACAAGCCUGCCAAGAAGAAGCCGGCCGUCAGGAGCAAGAAGCCCGCUGCCAGGAAGCCGGCCGGCGCCGCCGCCAAGAAGCCCCGGAAGCCGGCCGCCAAGAAGAGCCCCAAGAAGGCGGUCAAGAAGCCGGCCGCGGGGGCCAAGAAGCCGGCCAAGAGCCCCAAGAAGGCCAAGGCGGCCAAGCCCAAGAAGUCAGUCAAGAGCCCCGCCAAGGCCAAAACGAAAGCCGCGAAGCCCAGGACGCCCAAGGCGAAGGUGGCCAAGCCCAAGAAGGCGGCCAAGAAGAAGUGAAGCAGCUUCUGCGACUCUUUCGAUCCCAAAGGCUCUUUUAAGAGCCACCCACUCUCUCAUCUGGAAAGGGCUGGCUUC